AUGAGUAGACAUAUAUUAGAUGAUCUUCUUCAAGAUUUAAACAUUGACAAUGACAAUAAAAGCUCAACACAUGCAAAAAAUCAAUGGUCUAGUGCUAAUGCUAAUGAUGAUGAUGAUUGGCUUCUUACUCCAAGAGAUACAAAAAAAUCAACGACAAAUACUCUUACAAAACGACAAGAUGAUGAUGAUUUUGAUGCAGAUGAUAAAUGGAAUCGAACUGGUGAUUCAAAUAUUUCCUAUACACCAAAUUUUGGUGGUACCAUGACUAAUACAUUUACUGGUCAAGAUACUAUACAACGUAUUGUAAGUCAACCUCGACCAGCAACAUCAAGUGGCUCUCGAACAUUUGAUGAUUUAUUUGGAAAUUCACCACCGAAAAAUACUACUCUUGGAGAUACAGAUAGAAAUAAAAAAUCAGUCAGAUUUGAUGAGUUUGAUCUUGCACGCCCAUCAACUGCUCCAUCACCAGCAGAUACAUUACAAAAUCGAGCUAAUACAGGAGCAUUAUCAUCAAUGCGUACCGGUCUUGAUCCAAAAAGAUCUACUGAUUUAUUUCCUCCAACUAAAAAAACGACUAAUGAAUCAAAUAAUCCAAACGAUUGGCUUGGUCUUAAAGAUGAAUCAAGCGAAGAAGAUGAUCUUCCACAACGACGAAAAGAAAAAAUCGAACCUGCUAUUACUACUCUUGCUAAAAAAACACCUCUCGCACCUGUUCAUGAAGUUUCUGCAACAGUAUCAGAACUACCAAAAAAAUCUGUACUAGAUGAUUUAAUCGAAGAAGAUCGACGAGCAUUAUCAGAAAAAACGCCUAUAACAGCAACUGCUACAGUUAAUAAAACAUCUCAAGAUUCUUGGUUUAGUGAUCAUACAAAUUCCAAUAAACGUCCAAGUGCAGGCGCAAUACCAAAAGCUUCAUUACAUAUAGACAAUCAACAAAUAAAACCAUCUACUAAACCUCUAUUUGAUACUAAAACAGAUUCAGCGUUCAAAGAUGUAUCAGAAAGUUUGAUGUUUAAUACAAAUUCGCAAGCUUUACCAACAACGAGAAAUAACUCUUCGACAGUAAAUCUUGAUAUGAAAAAACUUGAAUUUGAAAAUAACGAACUUAGAAUGACAUUGGAUCAUAUGAAACGACAACAUGAAAUUGAAACUACAAUGCUUGAAGAUAGUCAUAAACAUCGACUUGAAUAUAUCGAAAAAACAUGUGAAAGAAGAGAAUCUAGAUUAAAAGAAGAAAAUGAACAUUUACUUCGUCAAUUAAAUGAUCGUACUCAACAAUAUGAAAAUGACAAAGCUGCUUUAAUAAUGGAUCAUCAACGACGUCUAGAUGAUUUACAACGAGAUCGAACAACAGAACUUGAAAAUCUACGAACAUUACAACGACAAACUCUUGAUCAUCUACGACGAGAACAUGAACAAACAAUUCAACGUUUAAAACAACUUAAACAAGAAGAAGUAUCAACAGCACUCGAUGUUACAACACAUACAAGAGCGUUUGAAUCUGUUGUUGAUCAUAUGGAACAAAACGCAAAAAAUAUUGAUCAAUUAAGACUUAAAAUCGAAGCAAAACAUAGUUCUGCAAUGACAGAUAAAGAAAUUGAAUCACGAGCUAAAGAACAACAACUUAAAGCUUAUGAAGAACGCUUACAUCAUCAAUCAACUGAUUUUGAACGUGAACGUAAAAACUUACAAGAACUUAUAUCACGAUUAGAAGUUCAUCUUUCUGAUCAAACCAAACUUGUUGAAGAAGAACGAUGGAAAGCAUUACAAGCUCAAAAACGUAUGGAAGCAAUGCAAGAUGCAUUAAAUGGUGAACAACGUUUAUUUACAGAAAAAAUCUCACGUGAUCGUUCGGAAAUUCAACGUAGUAAAGAUCAAUUACUUGAUGAUCAAAAACUAGCAUUAGCUAGUAUAUAUGAAAGUCGUUCACAAUUAGCGGAAGAACGAGCAAAAAUUGAAGCAUUCCAAAAAUCUUUUCAAGAACAAAAACAUCGAGAUAUGCUACAAAAUGCUACCAUUGAUGCAGACACUCGUGCACAACAAAAAUUAGUUAAUGAACAACUAGUACGUCUUGAAAAACGUGAACAAGAAUUAAUUAAACGCGAAGAAGCAUUAAUAUUAGAACGACGUUCAUUAGCGGAAUUAAAACAACGUAUUGAUAAUGAACAAUCAUCAUUAAAAAAUGAUCAAGAUGAUAUAAAACAAAAACAACUUGAUAUUGAACAUGCAAAUGAAAUGAUUAAAAAAGAAAAAGAACGUUUAUCACAACUUUAUUUCGAAUUACAUGCAUUAGAUGGAAAAAAUACUGGUAGACUUCAACAAUUACAAAAAUCUAUUAGUAAUCUACGACAAAAAGAAGAACUGAUGAAUGAACAAUAUACUCGUAUGUCUGAUGACCGACAAAAUCGAAAUCAACUUCGUUCAAGUGUUACACUUAAACAACCAUCUUCCAUGAUUGAUUCAGGUUUUUCAACCUUACAGUUAGCUUCUCAUACACCAAUUUUACCAAUCAAUUCUACGCAACAAUCCGUUGAAGAAAGUACAAUUUUACGAGCAUUACGUAUGAAUGCUCUUCAAGAUCAAUUAUAUAUUCAAGAUGAAAUGUCAUUUCUUAAUAGUUUACGUACUGGUAAUCAUUUAUCAACACGUAAUAAUAAUUCAAAUAGUUCUAAUCUUCAUCGUCAUUCCGAAUUAAAUUUACUUAGGACAAAUCAUUAA